AUGUUGAGCGACGACAGAAAUUCGCCCAUCCUGACGAACGGUCAGAGUGACGCGGACCCGGCGGAGGAAGAGCCCUCCCCGAGCGGCGCUCUCCGCAGACACAGGACCGCCUUCACGCGGGAGCAGCUCGCCCGCCUCGAGCAGGAGUACUGCAAGGAGAGCUACGUCUCGAGACCCAGGAGGUGCGAGCUGGCCUCCGCGCUCGGUCUGCCCGAGACCACGAUAAAGGUCUGGUUCCAGAACAGAAGGAUGAAAGACAAGCGACAGAGACACACCCUGAGCUGGCCUCAUCCGCUCGACCCCAGCCUGUACGCCUACAUGAUGACGCAGGCAGCCGCCAGCCUCCCCUACUCCUCCUUCCUGCCUCACGUUCCCCUGCACCUUUACUCGCACCUGGGUCUGAGCACACCCGCGGCCCCCGGCCCCUUCGCCGGGCCCCUGAGGCCCCUGGACUCUCUGAGGCUCUCCCAUGCUCCGUACCUGAGGCCGGACCUGCUGGCGGGGUUGCGCCACCCCUCGCUCUAUCCCGCGGCCGCCCCCUCACUGCACCACCACCCCAGCUCCUGCCCCUGCCUCCUGUGCAGCAGGAGCUCCUUGAAUCAGAGGGGGGUGGAGCUCACCAGAGGCCAGGCAACGCGGGGAGGCAGCCUGCUGCACCUCACUCCCUCCAUUGUGAAACCCACAGCUCUCUCCUUGGACAGGAGGGAGGAGGUGUCCUUAUCCAGAUGAAGAAAGGUGCUGUAUUAUAAGGGAACAAUUAAAAGGUUCAAUUUUAAAACACCCAAAAACAGUGCCUUAAGCAUUUACAAGAAUUGCAUGUAUAUUAAUAGAAAUGUAUAUUUAAAAAGAGGGUUGAUGCUGGAUGAACACCAUAUGGGACUUUUCAAACAAACUGAAACAAAGUCUGCUUCUGCUUUCAAAAACAUUGGAGCCCAUCAGAGCCCUGUUUCACUGUCUGCCUCUGCGUGGGUCGUCCUUGAUUCAAUGUAAACCUGAAACAACAAAACAUAUUGCACAC